UCAGAGUGCCUGGAAGGCACACGGGAGAAGAUACAGGCGUCUAUAGUCGAACAUCUGAAGAAAGCAGGGAACAGAUUCGUCUGGCUGCGAGGCUCACCCGGAAUGGGAAAGACUGCGAUUUCCCUGAGCAUCGCGUCCGACUUGGAGAAACAGUGCAUAUUAGCGGCAUCCUUCUUUUGGGAUAAG